CUACGUAUAUAGUGUGUUUAUGUGAUAGAUGCUGUGAUCUCUUUCCUCUGUGCUAUCUCCACAGCAGGAUCAGAUUCCAGCUCCACACACUGUGCUUCUUUAUUUUUUUCCCUUCUUCUUUCAAUAAGCAGCAGCUUGUGUCUAGCCCCUUCUCCUCACCCUCCCCCUUGUACUGUGAGUGCCCUCAUUCCCACCCCCUCUCCUUCUGAUCACUGUCCAUUGGCUUGCCCGGGUCUGGUUUUCCUGUCCAGCCCCUUAUGAGUGUCCAUUGGUGUUGCCUUCCCCCCCUCCUCUUCGCUCCCCCUGGCCCUGCCCAUGUUUUGUAUGUCUCUGUCCAUCCAGCUCUUGACGUUCAAGUUUGCAGGGACGUCACGUCCGCACUUGAACUUGCAGCUCAGGGGGGCUUUUGCCAUUUUUUUCAUUUCUCUCCUUCUCUAUCUCUCUCUUCUUUUUUUUUUUCACCCCCCUCCAAAAAGGAAAAAAAAAAGAAGAAAGCAUGACGGCUGUCCCACAAUUCAUCUUCUCCGCACCAUCUUUGUAUUAUUUCUAAUUUAUUUUGGAUGUCAAAGGCAUUUGAUGAAGAUAUUUUCUCUGGAGUCUCCUUCUUUCUAACCCCGCUCUCCCGAUGUGAACCAAGCUCUCACAAGCCACCCACCAACCAACAUGUCUCGCCGCAAGCAAGGCAAGCCCCAGCACUUAAGCAAACGGGAAUACUCACCCGAACCUGUCGAAGCCAUUUUAACAGAUGAGGAACCUGACAACAGCACAUUGGGAGCUGGAGAGGGGGAUCACGACCUUCUAACCUGCGGCCAGUGUCAGAUGAACUUCCCAUUGGGGGACAUUCUUAUUUUUAUUGAGCACAAACGGAAACAAUGCAAUGGCAGCCUUUGCUUAGAGAAGGCUGUGGAUAAGCCACCCUCACCUACGCCAAGCGAACUGAAGAAAGCGUCCAAUCCUGUGGAGGUUGGCAUCCAGGUCACACCGGAGGAUGACGAUUGUUUGUCAACGUCCUCUAGAGGGAUUUGUCCAAAACAGGAAAAUGCAGCAGGCAAAGAUGAGCCCAGCAGCUAUACAUGUACAACAUGCAAACAGUCAUUCUCCAGUGCAUGGUUUCUCUUACAACAUGCACAGAACACUCAUGGCUUCAGAAUCUACCUGGAAAGUGAACAUGGCAGUCCUCUUACACCCCGGGUAGGCAUUCCAUCAGGACUGGGUGCAGAAUGUCCCUCACAGCCACCACUCCAUGGAAUUCAUAUUGCUGACAAUAAUCCCUUUAACCUAUUGCGAAUCCCUGGAUCAGUAUCAAGAGAGGCUUCUGGUCUUACUGAGGGUCGAUUCCCACCAACUCCCCCAUUAUUUAGCCCCCCACCAAGACAUCAUUUGGAUCCACAUCGCAUUGAACGUCUGGGUGCAGAAGAACUGGCUCUCGCAACACAUCACCCGAGUGCCUUUGAUAGGGUGCUGCGACUUAACCCUUUGGCUAUGGAGCCACCAGCUAUGGAUUUUUCAAGGAGACUUAGAGAGUUAGCUGGAAACACUUCCGGUUCCAGUCCUCCUUUGUCUCCCAACCGGCCCAGCCCUAUGCAAAGGUUACUGCAACCAUUCCAGUCAAACAGCAAACCACCAUUUUUGGCAACUCCACCCCUCCCUCCUCUUCAGUCUAUACCUCCUCCUUCUCAACCUCCUAUUAAAUCGAAGUCCUGUGAGUUUUGUGGGAAAACUUUUAAAUUUCAGAGCAAUUUAGUAGUACACCGUAGAAGCCACACUGGAGAAAAACCUUAUAAGUGCAACCUUUGUGACCAUGCAUGCACGCAGGCCAGCAAGCUAAAGCGCCACAUGAAAACACACAUGCAUAAGUCAUCCCCAAUGACAGUUAAAUCAGAUGAUGGUCUUUCCACAGCCAGUUCUCCAGAACCAGGAACCAGUGAUUUAGUUGGCAGUGCAAGCAAUGCCCUCAAGUCUGUAGUAGCCAAGUUUAAAAGUGAAAAUGAUCCAAACCCAGAGAAUGGUGAUGAGGAAGAGGAGGAAGAAGAAGAAGAGGAAGAGGAGGAAGAAGAGGAGGAGGAGGAGGAUUUGACAGAAACGGACAGUAGGCUGGAUUAUAGUUUUGGCCUAAACCUUGAAGCUGCUCGUCACCAUGAAAACAACUCCAGAUCUGGCGAGGAGAGCCGAUCUAUGCCUGAUAUGAUGCAAGGUGUGGGUCUUGCUGCAAUGCAUCACUUUAGUGAUGCCUUCCAUCAGGCAUUGAUUGAAAAACAUAAAAGAGGGCAUUUAUCCGAACCUGAAGUGCAAAGAGACACUUGUGAUGAAGACUCAGUGGCAGGAGAAUCAGAUCGUAUAGACGGUGGUACUGUUAAUGGGAGGGGGUGUUCGCCUGGUGAAUCUGCAACAGGAAGCUUGUCAAAAAAAUUGCUUCUUGGUAGCCCAAGUUCCUUGAGUCCUUUUUCUAAACGCAUCAAACUCGAGAAGGAAUUUGAUCUCCCAGCUGCAGCUAUGCCUAACACAGAAAAUGUUUACUCCCAGUGGCUUGCUGGUUAUGCCGCAUCCAGGCAGCUAAAAGAUCCAUUCCUCACUUUUGGAGACUCUAGACAAUCGCCUUUUGCCUCCUCUUCAGAACACUCAUCUGAAAAUGGUAGUUUACGUUUCUCCACACCUCCAGGAGAGAUGGAUGGAGGGAUAUCAGGCCGUAGUGGCACAGGAAGUGGAGGAAGCACUCCCCAUAUUAGUGGCCCCGGGCCUGGGAGGCCCAGUUCAAAAGAGGGCAAGCGCAGCGACACUUGUGAGUACUGUGGAAAAAUCUUCAAGAACUGUAGUAACCUCACUGUUCACAGGAGAAGCCACACUGGUGAAAGGCCAUAUAAGUGUGAGCUUUGCAACUACGCCUGCGCGCAGAGUAGCAAACUUACCCGGCAUAUGAAAACACAUGGUCAGGGGGAAAAUACAGCAACUUUAAAUCUAAGGACAGAACAAUCAAAUUUAUAUGGCAAGAAGUCUGAAAAGAUAUGCAAAAGUGUUAACAAAUAUGCAUACCAAUUUGGGCAAAAUAAAUAACACCUAGCUUUCGAGGAAAAGAAGACAAAGGAGAAGAUGAACGUGCUGAUAUGACCAGGCCAACCUAUUGUAAAUGAAACAAAAACAAAAUACUUCAACUUGACCAUUAUGUAUUAAAGUUGUAGUUGGGUGUUAUUGGUCAUUGCACCUGGCAGGAAUGCUUGCAGAGUACAUUACUUUCCUGUAUCAACGUGACUUUGACUCUAUGGCUAUAUAAACACCCACAAAACAUGGUACUGGGAAUUAUAUUUUAUUGUUGACUUUAAUGAAAGAGGCCAGUUUUGUAGCACAUGAUUUCAAGAUGUAAUCAAUGUCUUUUAAAGACAUAAAAUUUAAAAGUGAGCCCCAUGACAGCUUAAUACUGGUUUUGCACAUUAAAGGUUUGGAAGUCAGAUGGCCAUUUUGCAGAAAAAAAAAAAAAACCGUGACCACAAUUUUUUUUUCUUCAAAUCCCUAUUUAAUCUUAUUGUAUGCUGGACUGAUAUUACGAAAACCUUCUGAAAAUCACUGGGCUAGGUAGUAUUUUUUACAGCAUCUUUGUCUGUUUAGGACUUCAUGAUACCCUUAUUUAAGAGAUAAUAUACAGUGCAGCCUCAAUAACCGGGGCUUUAAAAAACAGUCAACAAGAACAUAAUUUACAAAUGACAUGUUGUACUUCGAGCUCUAAAGGAAAAAAAAUAGUAAUACAAAGUGUGACAUUUUCUAACUGUGUGAUAAAUUAAUGGUGUUAUAAAAACCAUGAACCAUUGAGGCCUUUUCAAGUUUGUUAGAAUUCUGCACCAGAUUUAUAUGGCAUCCAUAAUGUGUUCUUAAGCUGCUGUAAAAUUCCAUGCAAGCAUGACCUAGUGUCCAGAGAAACUUUUAUAAAUAUAUUUCUAUGUUGAAAAAUGUCAAACUGAAAAAAAAAAUGAUGUGGUUAUCAUUAACUGUUUGCUGUUAGAUUUUCAAGGCCUACUUGUAAAAACAAAAACAAAAAAAUAUUUUAGAAGAAAAACAGCGUCACAAUAGAAUCUUGUUGAAACUGUUGACAAAAUAAUUUCACACUCUCAAAAUAUUUUGUGCAAAGUUGAUGGAGAUCAUUGGUAAAACCAGGAUUUUACAUUUUUGUUUGACUCCAUAAAACAAUUUCCAUUUAUAUGUUCCUCUGAGUCGCAAUAAAUCCAGAAUAAAAAGGAGAUCUAGUUUCAGUGCCUGAAAUUCUAAAAUAUAUUGGUUCCAUUAUGGGAUAAACCAGAGGGGGUUCAUUUUAAUGCAGUUUGUACAGAAUAAGAUAUUGUAAGUUAAAAAAAAAAUCUGCCAGUUCUUAUGUUAUUUGUUACCCACUUUGGGUGAAUUUAAUGUGAUGUAAACCGUUGUUAUAUACUAAAAGUAUAUUCCAAGAAUCAUUGUUAAUAGACGUUAUACAUUUGCCUUUAAAAAGGCUGAAACACGAAAAAAAAAAUGAAAUUGACACAAUAAACUGUAAAGAUUUA